AUGGCUCACCGUGACCAGCAUAGCGGCCGCUCAGGCAAUUGGCACGGGUAUCCGUCAAGUGACGGUGAUGGUAGCACACCCAGCCACCCACAACUGCCUCAGCUGCCGCAAGGGAACACAGCACCAGCGAGCAGAUUCAGUCACCCCAUGGCAGGUGGUGGCCAGCACCAAACUGGCGGCGUCGUAGCGCCCGAUCCUUCCCUCUGGCAAUAUCGUACCGGUGGCAGCUACCCAACUUUUGGGCCGCAGUCACACAUGUCCCAAACCAUCCCUCACCCGACCUCCUCUGACCCGACUGGCAGCUACCCAUACGGGUGGCAGCUACCCAAUACGGGUGGCAGCUACCCAACUUUUGGGCCGCAGUCACACUUGUCCCAAACCAUCCCUCACCCGACCUCCUCUGACCCGACUGGCAGCUACCCAACUUUUGGGCCGCAGUCACACAUGUCCCAAACCAUCCCUCACCCGACCUCCUCUGACCCGACUGGCAGCUACCCAUACGGGUGGCAGCUACCCAAUACGGGUGGCAGCUACCCAACUUUUGGGCCGCAGUCACACAUGUCCCAAACCAUCCCUCACCCGACCUCCUCUGACCCGACUACGAGCCAGGCCAAUCAUGCCUCUGGAUAUCACACUCCACAGCAUGAGGAUCUUGCGGGCACAAACCACCCAAUUCCGCAGUUCAAUCCACGGACUACCGCAGCCGCACUCAGCGCAUAUGAUUAUUUCCGAGUCCCGAUGGCCAUAUCCCCGAACUUCCCAACCACCCUUACUCUAACUCCCUUCGACUCGAGUACGAGUCUCGCGGCUCCAACUCAAUCAAGUUCGACGGCUUUAGGCGCCUGCAGCCCGAACGAUCAAGGCCACCUCCUUUCAUCUGGUGCUAAUGAUGCGGUCGGCAGGGUAGUCAAGAAAAGACCCAUCCCGCGGAAACUUGCACACAAACAGAUGAAAUUCAUUCCCGCUAAAAUCCCCUCAGCAUCGACGCAGUCCACUCCAACCUUACUGUUGCACAUCGACUCUGCAGUGGUUGCCAAAGUGAAGGAUGAGGCCACAAGAUUGAUGAUUCUGUCAUUAUUUCAAAAAUCUCUGUAUCCCGCCACGGACAACGAUAUCACUACCUUGGCCAAUACAGCGCUUGAUGAAGCGAUCACUAAGCACCCGCUCAAUGAAAAAGAGCUCGUGGCGUGGAAAUUGUGGCCAGAAGGUCAGAGCGCUCUCGCGCGGCUGAAAGGGACGGUCAAACAAGUCCACAAGAACUGCCAGGGCUGUGCUUGGGGGAUAGUGAUUGGAGCUUAUCGCCUAUACCUUCCAAUCCUAUUUAAUCAAGCUCACGAGGUGGCGCCGUUGCGCACACGGGGCGCUUCAGGAGUGCUAAAGGAUGUUAAUCACCUUGACGCACUGAUUAAGCGGGAUACGAGCGACGGGCAAGGCGCGGUGGUUCGCGUCCCAUUCGGGAACUCAACCGUCCUCACCGUCGUAGAAUAUGUUUUGGUCAACCAGGGGUAUCGUAAGUAUCUAUCCUUCGAUAUCAACGACUGGGGGUUCCGCCUUGAGAACACCAUCGCCUUGUCCGCAGCUAUUUGUGACUGGAUACUACGGGUAAUUGAAGAUUCGAACGGCUCAGGCUGGCCCACAGAUACCGAUUUUCACACUCCGAAAAGCGAGGAAUGUUAUAUGAGAAUGCGACGUCGGAUUGCAUCAUUGGCCGGCAGUGAUUUGGUGGAGUUUCGCAACCUGAUGCUCCUCAUUCGUAAUUACAUUGUUUUUACUUUCGGCAGCUAA